AUGCUUUUCUUAAGAUCUACACAUGCUCGAUCCCAUCGCAGUACAUGUACAGUCAGAUGCUUGCAUAGUGAGAGGUCUAUUUCAUUCUUAUCCGGUUCACUCAUAAGGAGAAAUAAGUUAAUAAGCUACGGGGGAAUGAACUUCGGGAGGAGAACUGUAAAGACUCCUACUAUCGAUUGGCAGCCACUUAAGUCUCAUAACACUAAUUUGCGAGAGGUGGAACAGCAAGCAAAGAUGCCUAAGUUUCGAAAAUUUGUUUUGGGCCUAAUGAUUGCAAUGCCUGUUAUCAGCUUUUUUCUCGGUUGCUGGCAAGUCAAGAGGUUGAAGUGGAAGAUGCAUUUGAUUGCAAAUGCCGAGAAUGCAUUGGCAGCACCACCUCUAGAGAAGCUUCCGCCAAACUUAGAUCCUGAAGCUAUUAAGAACUUUGAGUAUCGUAGAUUUAAAGUGAAGGGUCACUUUGACUAUUCUCAAGAGAUGUUUUUGGGGCCGAGGAUGAGGGAUGGUGUGCUAGGAUAUUUACUUGUUACACCAUUCGUAAGGUCUGAUGGUGGAAAGCCAAUUUUGAUUGAAAGGGGCUGGAUACAUAAAGACAACGUGAUUCCAAAAAAACGUGAAAACGGUUACUUGUCUCAUUUGGCUAUGCCUCAAGGCGAAAUUGAGAUUGAAGCAUUAUUUAGAAUCAUGCCUAAAAAGUCAGCUUUACAUUUUGAUCAUGAGCAGGGCACAAGAUUAUUUCAUGUUUGUGAUGUUAAUGCUAUGGCUAAGCAGUCAGGUGCUUUGCCUAUCUAUUGUCAAAUGAUUUACGAUUUAUCAGAGCACCCAGAGUGGAAGCAGUCUACAUCAAACCAGAAACUGACACCAUCAAUCUUGAACCGUAUCUUCAGGAAAAACGAUGAAAUGAUAGACGAUUCGAUUUUUUUGGACAAGCAAUCGAAUGACGAUGCGACAUUGGAAUACCAGCAAGUUGAAUUCGUUAAUGAAGGAGUACCAAUUGCAGCUACUCCAAAUGUCAAAUUCACGAAUAAUCAUCUUCAAUAUUUAAUAACCUGGUUCGGUCUAUCUAUUUGUUCUGCGGGAUUAUUGGUUUAUAGCUUUUGGAAGAAAAGAAAGUUCCUGAGUGCUGAGAAAAUCAUCGAAGCUAAACGAAAAGACAUGCGUAAGAACUUUUAA